UUACGUAAAAAAAUAAAUACAAUGCAGAGAAAUAAAUUAUAAUGUGACUUGUACUAUUAUAAAUUUCAUAUAUCUAUUUCUAUGAUAUGCCAGGGCCGGAUGUAAGAGCCGACGACAAUGUUCAUGGCGAGAUGUCUACAGAGCCCACGGCAACCGUUCACAGUGGUGUGGAAGCUAAAACUGAAAGAAAACUAACAGUUCUUGAAACUCAUGGAUAUAUUUUAGGCAGGACCAUAGGUUCUGGUUCAUAUGCCACAGUUAAGGUAGCGGCGAGUGAUCGUCACAACUGUCAAGUGGCAAUAAAAAUAAUAAGUAAGUUCCAAGCACCCGGCGACUACUUGAAGAAGUUUCUGCCAAGGGAGAUAGAGGUUGUCAAAGGGCUGAAGCAUGAAAACUUAAUACGUUUCCUACAGGCAAUUGAAACCACACAUAGAGUGUAUAUUGUUAUGGAAUAUGCUGAAAACGGCAGCCUUCUUGAUAUUAUUCGCAAAGACCAGCAUAUAGAUGAAUCGCGUGGACGCCGCUGGUUCAAACAGCUGGUAGAGGCCGUAGACUAUUGCCAUGAAAGAGGAGUUGUUCAUCGUGACAUAAAAUGUGAAAAUCUACUAAUGGAUCAUGGUCUGAACAUCAAACUAUCUGACUUUGGAUUUGCGAGAGGUCACAUGAAGCCAAAGAACGGAGUUUUCUCACUAAGUGAAACCUUUUGCGGUAGCUACGCCUAUGCGUCUCCUGAAAUAUUGAAGGGGGUUCCUUAUAGACCUCAAGACUCCGACAUUUGGAGCAUGGGAGUUGUACUUUACGCAAUUGUUUACGGAAGACUGCCGUUUGAUGACACAAAUUAUACACAAUUAUUGAAGCAAGUCCAGAACAAGGUGUCUUUUCCUCGGGAGCCUAAAGUUUCAACCGAAUGCCGAAAACUUAUCGUCAAAAUCCUGGCCCCUCUCAAAAUUCGAGCUAAAAUACCGCAGAUCCUGUCAGACCCUUGGGUAAACCCGAGCCAAGCAACAAAAGACGAAGAGUUGGACGCCCAUCCGGAUAAAGCUGAAUCUAGCAAAGAGGAAAUAAAAAGCGUAAACAUUGGAACCGUAACAUUUGACAGGAAAUUGGAAGAAGUUAAAUAACAGUCAAACUAUAUUUUACCUAAAUUUAACAAAAUAACAUACAAAAACAUUGUAUA